AUGGCUUCAAUAAUCGAACCAAUGCUAACCCAAGACAGUUUAGCGCAGAUGACACAGGCCUUGGGCUUUUCAGAUGGUUUUGCCUCAUCGGAGUCCAAAAUCUGGCUACUUUGGACUACUGAUUUCGAAGUAGAAGUAGAGUGUGACAAUGGCCAAUUUGUUAGCUGUAAUGUUGUUUAUCUACCUUGGCAGUUCAGAUUUCGUUUUGUCUCAGUUUAUGCGAAGCACACAAGGGGAGAGAGGCUACAUCUCUGGGCGCAACUUGCUAUUCUUCUAAAUAGCCCUUUGCCGAUUCUGAUGGGAGGUGACUUUAACGUUAUCUCAAGUGUGACGGAGUACCGAGGAAGUGCAUGGCCGGACACUAAUAGCAUAGCUGACUUCUCAUCGUUCAUCCGAGAUAAUGCCUUGAUUGACUUGGAUGUUAUAGGCAACCUGUACACUUGGCAUGGAGUUCGAAUUACUGGCCCUGUCUGGAAGAGGCUAGAUAGGUUUCUCAUAAAUACAGUUUGGAGGGAUUCAUUCUCAGAUAUCCGAAUUUGUGCUCUAGCCAGAACCACAUCAGAUCACGCACCAUUGCUUCUCCACGGUGCGAACUCCUCGCUCUCAGCUCCGAAACAGUUCCGCUUCCAGAAUAUGUGGCUAACGCAUCCGGACUUCAUGGAAAUAGUUCGCAACAGCUGGGAGCAAUCAGCAGACGGUGGGGGCAUGAGAGCUCUCUCCUAUAAACUAAAACGGCUCAAGAUGGCGCUAAAGGAUUGGAAUAAGCACUCCUUUGGCAAUAUCUUUGAUCGUAUCAAAACUCUGGAAUCGGAGGUAGCUUUAGCAGAAUGCAGACACGCCAAUAACCCCUCUGGAGAAUCUAGAACAGCACUGCAAGCUAAACAGGCAGACCUCAUGUUGGCUCUAAAGCAGGAAGAAAGUUUUUGGAAGCAGAAGGCUAGGGUAAAAUGGGUGAAGGAAGGAGAUGCGAAUACUCGUUACUUUCACUCGGUGGUUAAGGACAGGCACCGAAGACAACGCAUCUCCUCGGUAAAAAGUGCUGGGGGUCAUUUGCUAACCGAUCAAAGGGAAAUACAGGAGGAAGCUGUCACAUUAUACUCUUCCCUUUUCUCAGCAGAAGAUUGCCCCAAUCUAGAACCUCUCUUUUGA